AUGUCUAAUACUGUAUUAGCACCUGAUGGACUACCUAUUGGUAAUAGAGUAUGGGUUGAUGGAUGCUAUGAUUUAGCACACUAUGGACACGCCAAUCAAAUUAGACAGGCUAAACAGUUUGGAAAGUAUCUGAUAGUCGGAGUUCAUAGUGAUGAAGAGAUUAUCAAGAACAAAGGACCUAUUCUUUUCGAAGAAGAAGAACGUUAUCGACUUGUUGCUUCACUUAAAUGGGUUGACGAAAUUGUAAGAGAUGCUCCUUACUGUACCACAGUUGAAACAUUGGAUAAAUACAACUGUGAUUUCUGUGUUCAUGGAGAUGAUAUUACCCUGACUGCUGAUGGAAAAGACACUUAUGGAGCCGUUAAGGCAGCUAAACGAUAUCGUGAAUGUAAAAGAACAACUGGUGUGUCAACAACUGAUAUGGUUGGUAGAAUUCUUCUUAUGACCAAAGCUCAUCAUGUUUCCAACGAGUCAAUGGAGCAACACAGUGAAAGAACUCUGUCUCUUAGCACCGAUGGUCAGACUCAAUCCCCGUGGACAAGAGUUUCUCAAUUCAUUCCAACCACUCAAGCCAUUUUCGAGUUUGCAGAAGGCAAGCCACCAAAGCCAUCUGAUAGAAUUGUAUAUUGUUGUGGGUCUUUUGAUUUAUUCAACAUUGGUCAUCUAAGCUUCUUGGAAGAAGCUGCUAAGCUUGGGGACUAUUUGAUUGUCGGAAUCUUAAGUGAUCAAGAUAUUAAUAAAUAUAAAGGAUCAAACUAUCCUAUUAUGGCUCUUCACGAAAGAGUUCUCAACGUCUUAGCUCACCGACCUGUGAAUGAAGUAAUAAUUGGAGCUCCUCCCAUCAUAACAGAAGAUUUCAUCAGACGUUUCAAUAUUUCAGUUGUAGCGGAAGGUACUAGAUCCCAUGAUAAUGCAGAUGUUUUUCCUGAUCAAUUUGAUGAUCCAAUCAGACUUGGCAUUUACACAGAAGUGGAAUCACACAGUGACGUAACAACAGAAACGAUUAUUAAUAGGAUAAUAAAGAAUAGAUUAUCAUAUGAACAAAGGAAUAACAGAAAAGAAAAGAAAGAACUUGCAGCGUUCAACGCAUUGCAGAAGCUUAAGAGUUGUGGUCAGAGUGGAACUCUGAAUACCAUUGAUAUAACCAACUAG